AUGGCAGAAAAAGGUAGUUUAGAAAGAGGAAACCUAGUUCUAACGGAAAGACCUCUGCGUUCCAAAAUUCUGUGGUCUAAGCCAGCGGUGGAACUGGAUCCCACGUAUCGUAGACCACACUGCGACAGGAGACGUCCCGAUAAGAAGAAGAAGAAGAAGAAGAAGAAGAAGAAGAAGAAGAGACCUGCAGCUUCAGAUCGACUUCGUACGGCGUCAGGAGAGGGCGUUGAACGUCUCGGCUAUGUCACGGAAGCAGCGUCGACUCAAAUCGAGUUUUCACGAAUAGACUCAAAUCAGGGCCCUGUAGCCGAGUCGCCCGAAUGCCUUCAGAAAGUCAAGAGUAAGUUAGAAACAGACUCUCUGGGCUAUUAUAUUAUAUCCUGCUGUUUCCGACUAAAUUAUAUCCUGCUGUUUCCAAACGAUGAAGGUGCGCCUCUCGGAGCUGUGGUGCCAGUGCCAGGGGAACGCCAGCGCCGUGCCCCACACUAUCGCCAUCCAGCAGCAGAUGACCAAGAUGCACCAGGACGCCCAGACGCACGCCAUCUGGUACGUGGGCAUCGUGCUCUCCCUCUACCUCCUGGGCCUGGUCGUCAUCAUCCGCAAAUCUGGAAGCAACGAGAGAACAACGGCGCUGUCGGCCCUCUCCCUCUGCUUCUCGAGGGCGGCAUCCUUCGUCACCAAGAGGACCGGCAGGAGGAGACGAAGGGGACGGCAGAAUCGCGCCGGUUCCAGCAUCCCGCUGGCUUCCAGGCAGCAGCACCACCACCAGCUGCCGAUGCCGUCUUCUGCUGCUGCUGCCGCCUCAGGGUUGGGGGGAUUCCAGCAGCCCCCGUCCAGGGCGCUCCACCUGUACCUGGAGGUACCCGAAGAGGAGAGGGAGAUGGAGGUGUCCUGCGUGACCACCAGCGUCGCCUAGCAGAGGGCGUCCCCCCCCGUGGGGCUCUUCUCGCGGUCGCCGAUGUCCGCGAGGUCCCCCAGGGGGUCCCACCCUCUGCUGCUCUCCAUCCAGGAGGAGGACCUGGCCAGGGAAGGGGGCGCCGCCGCCGUGGCCAGUGCCGUCGCUCUCAACGACUUCACUUAGGGGGUGGAGAGGGAGUCUCUGGGGGCGGUGGGGCAUCGCUGUUGUUCCAGGUCGAUUCGAUUUCCAGGUGCUACGGUAGAGAAGGCGAAGAAAUAAGAAGGGGGUAGGGGGGGAGGACGAGUUUCAGCUAUCCAUAACCUAAGAGUACUAUAAGUGCAUUCACAGACUUCGAAAUUAGCUUUAUAUAACGAAUAUAUUUUCUAUAACACUGGAAAAGCCACAUAGCGGUAGA